UUGUUGUUGGUGUUUUCAGACUGCACCCUGUCUUUUUCGGGUGUAGUCCGGGAUAUCCGGUGUAGUCGGAUACAAAAAAGUGUAGUCCGGAAAAUAAAAAAAAAAAAAACAGUACAGGACAAAAGUGUAGUCCGGGUGUGAAUGCUCCGCGGAGGCAAGUUCGACAUUACUUAUGCUUUUACGCGUCACGGUGUUUGACAAAAAGGCACUCAUCGCUCAACAUAGUAAUAAGCCAACAUAACGCGUAACAUUAGUUGAACUCGUCGUGGUACGAUUGCGCGCAGUCAUGCUCUAAGCCAGCGGUUCUCAACCUGGGGUACGCGUACUCCUAGGGGUACGCGAGAGCUUUUGCCUAAUAUAGGGAUUUAGGUGACCAGUUUUUACACAUUGAGGAUGAAUGUUAGUCCCAAGCAUCAUCCAUUGGUUCUCUGUGUAAUUACAGCUGAUCUGGUAAUAACGGAGUAGCAUCCGCGGGCGGUCAAUCAUGCUUGUGUUAAAAAAAAAUAAAACCGGUCCUUUUCAGUGCAACCAUGUCAUUUGAGGGUUUGAUGAACAACAAUUUGCAUAGUCCCAUGUUACCCAUGCGGUCAUGUUUCAGACACAUCUUUCUACUUUUUCGUUUCUACAAAAAUUUGUUCAAAGUUAUCUGUUUCUGCGAAAUUUUUUAAGUACAGUGCUAAUUUUUGAAACUCUCGCUCGGAUGCGGUUCAAAUAAAUUUAAAAAAAAAAGGAAAGUUGUUAUUGUACGUGACACAACUUUUCGACACACGAUGUUCAAUGCAACACAGCAUCGUGUGUGCGUGUGACAAUGUUUAUAACUGCUGGAGCAACAAAACAGUACCGAAAAACAUGCAGCCUGCGGAGGAGUGCGAAAGUUUCCUCAGCAAUGAGAUCAAAGAAUUACUACUGAUAGAACAGAACUAUCAUGAAAAAACGUCCAGCUUUAGUGGAAAUGGUGAAACGGUGAACUGGUUAAUGGUGGAGACUUUUUUCGAUGGAAAAGCAGUGAAACACAACCAACCCCUUCCGUACGAAUACUGCCGAGCUCUAACACCAAGGUUGCAUCACUUACUAGAGUACCUCCCGAAGGUUAGUUUUUCGGCGGAGCAACUCGCAUGGACCAAUCGACUGGAUUUACUGUCUCUAAUCUUCGACCCUACCUCAGCGGAACAAGCACUGACCAACGUGUUACUUUUGACGUCGAUUACGGAAUAUGCGCUAGGCAAUCUGUUUAAAACCGAAACAGGCAUUUCGCCUCCACACUUGCUGCGUGAUCUGCUAAUGACAGAGCCACUAACCGGUGUGUUGGGUGAAACUCCGAUAUUUUUGCUUCGUCUUCUCGUAGGUACGCCGCAUGGCAUCAAUUUGCGGAAUCUUUUGUGGCACGGUUUUCCGCGGAAAAAUGAGAUAAAUCCGCUGUAUGCUAACGCGCUCCUACUUUUCCUGAUUUCCAGUGGAGAAAUAAUAGAACGAAAGAAAUGCAAGAUUACGCAUCGCGUCUACCCGGAGAAUUUGGGUGCGCUUGUGCAACGGAUGGAUCUGCCUCAGUUUGAUGAAUCGUCAUUCGAAGUGUUUCUAGAUUCACAACACUGGCAGCAUAUUUUACAGCUUUAUAGAAAAGGUCACUUCUAUCAAUGCGUUUGCCUGGCCCUACCCCAUCUGGAAAUGUGUCUUCGAAGGCUCUAUGGUACUUUGUACGAUGUAGACUAUCGAGCUAAGAUUGAUGAGUACUAUAUAAUAAUGGACACCAUUUUUAGCCAAAUCGAUCCGUUGGGAGCUCGAAAUAAAGUUUUCGAUCAUUUCUCUACAUCACUUAUGGAACUCGUAUACGACCUUUUAACGGCCGUCAAUGGUCCUCGGCUUAGAGAUAAAAUAAGCCAUGGCGAAGUGGAAUUAAACCAAAUAAACCGAAGCAUAGCUAGCGCGACUUUACUAAGUGCACAGCUGCUACUGACUGCGGAUAGACGCUUCUCCUAUAAGAGCAAAUUCCAUCCAAACUCAGUCUGCAGAGGUAGAAUAAAAGAAUGUGAAAAAGCAGUUGAUCUGAUCAGUACAAUCACCAUACCGACGAAUCUAGCUGGUUUGAGCGUUGACCACAUGGAAGACAUUCCCUUCCUGCCCAGCAAUGAGCUUCCGGUGGAAGUUUCGAUCUUCUACCGUCCUCCAAACGAGGAAGAAAUUGUUGGAAUUUUAACACGGAUAUGUACAGUGUUGAAAACAGCUUCGAAAAACCUCUAUGAAUCACUAACCACUCGGUUGGGGGCACUGGAGAACAGACAACUGCGGUCUAGAGCGAGAAACACUUUGGAGAAUAUGCUUCGGAUGUAUUCUACGAUAAACCGAGGGUUAGAUUUUGUGCUGAGACUUACGAGAUGGAUUUUCUACUGUCUUAUGAAAUCGGAAGCACUUGGGGAUGAUGCGAUAAUACUACGAUUUUUAAAGUUUAUUCUAAAAUAUACGGAAAAUGCAGCUAGCAACCUACACACAAAGAGCAACACAUGGCAACCCCUGUACGAGACGACAAAACGGGAGCUGUUUGUUAAAGGUAGACAAAACCUAGCGUUACUGCUGUGCUGAUAUAGCGAAAUGGUAUUUUCAAACGUUUAUUGAUGUGACUGAAGGUAUGUUAUCGUCGAAAUAAAUAAAAUUACUAGGUAACAGCAAAGUUCAUCUGUGUCUGCAAGACGCUGGUAGAGAUCAGUGUUUUUUUUUUCAAAUCUAGCGAACAGUUCAUCAAGUGUUUUGCUCGUACUAUCGUAAAAGGGCUGAUCUCGCGAAAAAUGACGCCUACAUCCUAUCUCGAGUUAUGUAGAAUAUCUAGAACUAAUUGCUAACACUGUUUUUUUUCAU